AUGAUUCCAUUGAUCACACUCGAGGAGCACUACAGCUCGCGCAGGGUGAGCGAAGCGAGCCCUGAGGCGAAGGCCCACUACGGAGUGCUUCCCCAGCACAUUCGCAGUAAGCUGGAGGCUCUAGACGACGAGCGCAUUCAAGAUCUCGACAACGGGAACGUCUCCGUUCAGGUAAAAUCCCACGGUCCUGGAGACAUCGACGCAUCUCUUUGUACAGCUGUGAACGAUGAUUUGGCUGCUGCUGUUUCGCGACACCCGACACGACUCGCAGGUUUUGCGAUGCUCCCGAUGAGCGAGCCUCUAGCCGCUGCGACGGAACUAGAGCGUUGUGUCAAGGAGCUGGGCUUUGUGGGUGCAUUGAUCGAAAAUCACACGAGCGGGAAAUACUACGAUGACGAGCGCUUCUGGCCGGUCUUCAAGAAAGCGCAGGAGCUAGAGGUCCCUCCCUACAUCCACCCUACAUUCGCAAGCGAUUCGAUGAUGAUCGCGCUGGCUUUGAGUGCAUAUGGCUGGGCCUGGCACACGGAAACCGGCUUGCACAUCCUGAGAUUAUACGCCAGUGGAGUCUUCGAUCGUUAUCCCAAGCUGAGAAUCGUGGUCGACCAGAUGGGAGAGAUGCUUCCCUUCCAACUCGAGCGCGUGUUUACGGUCUCGGAAAGGUGGGGGCAGGAGAGGAGCUUUCGGGAUGUCUGGCGCAACAACAUCUGCAUCACGACCAGUGGCAUGUUCUCGUUGACUCUGUUGGCUUGUCUGUUGAAAGCAACUUCUAUCGAGCAUGUGCUGUACAGUGUCGAUUAUCCUUUUUCGGCGAAUGAGAAAGGUCUGGCGUUCUUUAGGGAGAUUCAGGAAAGUGGUCUUAUCGCAGGCAAGGACCUAGAAUUAUUUGCUUAUCGAAAUGCGGAGAACCUGCUGGGAGUCAGAGCGAGGAGCUCGUGA